AUGGAUUGGAAAACAAUUAAAACUCUGCUUCAUGUUGAUCCUUGGCGCUUGGAAGAGGCACUUGAAGCUGGUCUUGUCAUUUCCAGCUUCCCAAUGUCUCUGUGCAUCAACUAUAAUGAUAUGCAGAACGUCAUCAAUGAUCAGCUGAACGAGCUGUCCAGACAAAAUGCUGUUGACCGUACCAGUUUUCACAAGGGCAAUGACUUGUCUCUGCUCUCCUGGAUCUCUCCUUGGCAAAAGAAGCAAAUUAUUGAGGCAGCUGAUGAGUGGUGCAUUGACUCCACUCAUAAAACAUGCAAGUCUUUGGUGGGGUCAGGCAAGCACUCGUAUCUCUAUACAAUUAUUAUAAGAAGCAACAUUAUGAACAAAAGUGUCCCAGUUUGCUUCUUUAUCACCAAUGCUGAGCUUACUUCGACUUUGAGACAAUGGCUCACACUAUGGCUAUAG